AUGCAAUUCUCUACUGUCGCUACCAUUGCCACUGUCGCCGCUGUCGCCUCCGCCGCCGCUAACGUCACCACCGCUACCACCCACAAGGAUGUUACCACUUUAGUCACUAUCACUGACUGUGAAAACCACGUCUGUAAGGAAACUGUUUCCCCAGCUUUGGUCUCCACUGCCACUGUCACCGUUAACAACGAAGUCACUGAAUACACUACUUACUGUCCUUUGUCUACCACUGCUGCUCCAGCCAAGAACGUUACUUCUUCCGCUGCCGCUCCAGCUAAGAACACCACCACUACUGCUACCAAGACUAACACCAUCUCUUCUCACUUCUCUGGUGCUGCCGGUAAGGCUCUACCAGCUGCUGGUGCUUUGAUGGCCGGUGUUGCUGCUCUAUUGUUGUAA